UUAAAUAAGGCCUUCCGAGGGCGCGCGCGACAGUGAGAGGAGUGGGGUGGAGCGUGUGGAGUGGGGGUCGCGGCCCGGGCCAGAGCCGCCGCGGACCACGAGUGGAUUUUCUGAAAGUUAAGUUACUGGAGUAAGUUAAAUGGAAAAGGGCUCCGACAUCAGCUUCCUGUUCUGCUGCAAAGAAACUGGGGAGUAUUCAUCAGUGUGCUGUAUUCUGUUUUAGGUGUCCCUGUCAGUUGAGGUUGAGUGUAGAUUCUGGAGAAAUUCUGCCUCCGCUGGAGUCUCCACUGCCAGGCAGCAAAAUUGUGAGAUAGAGUGAAGCAGAAACCUAGGAAUAUGAGCUCCAUGAUGGCCAUGGGUGAACCAAGGCUGAACUGGGAUGUUUCCCCCAAAAAUGGCCUUAAGACAUUCUUUUCUCGAGAAAAUUAUAAAGACCAUUCCAUGGCUCCAAGUUUAAAAGAACUAUGUGUUUUAUCUAACAGACGUAUAGGAGAAAAUUUGAAUGCAUCAGCAAGUUCUGUAGAAAAUGAGCCGGCAGUUAGUUCAGCAACUCAAGCAAAGGAAAAAGUUAAAACCACAGUUGGAAUGGUUCUUCUUCCAAAACCAAGAGUUCCUUAUCCUCGUUUCUCUCGUUUCUCACAGAGAGAGCAGAGGAGUUAUGUGGACUUGUUGGUUAAAUACGCAAAAAUUCCUGCAAAUUCCAAAGCUGUUGGAAUAAAUAAAAAUGACUACUUGCAGUACUUGGAUAUGAAAAAACAUGUGAAUGAAGAAGUUACUGAAUUCCUAAAGUUUUUGCAGAAUUCUGCAAAGAAAUGUGCACAGGAUUAUAACAUGCUUUCUGAGGAUGCUCGUCUUUUCACAGAGCAAAUUUUAAGAGCUUGUAUUGAACAAGUGAAAAAGUAUCCAGAGUUCUAUACUCUUCAUGAAGUCACAAGCUUAAUGGGAUUCUUCCCAUUCAGAAUAGAAAUGGGAUUAAAGUUAGAAAAAACUCUUCUCGCAUUGGGCAGUGUAAAAUAUGUGAAAACUGUAUUUCCCUCAAUGCCUGUGAAGUUGCAGCUCUCAAAAGAUAACAUAUCUACCACUGAGACACCAGAAAAAACAGCUGCAGCUAUGCAUUAUGAUAUUAGUAAAGAUCCAAAUGCAGAGAAGCUUGUUUCAAGAUAUCACCCUCAGAUAGCUCUAACCAGUCAAUCAUUAUUUACAUUAUUAAAUAAUCAUGGACCAAACUACAAGGAACAGUGGGAAAUUCCUGUGUGUAUUCAAGUAAUACCCGUUGCAGGUUCAAAACCAGUUAAAGUAAUUUAUAUUAAUUCACCACUUCCCCAAAAGAAAAUGACAAUGAGAGAGAGAAAUCAAAUCUUCCAUGAAGUUCCAUUAAAAUUCAUGAUGUCCAAAAACACAUCUGUUCCAGUCUCUGCAGUAUUUAUGGACAAACCAGAAGAUUAUAUGUCUGAAAUGGAAAUGUCUUAUGAAGUUAAUGAAUGCCGAAAAAUUGAGACCCUUGAAAAUUUGGACCUGGAUUUUGAUGGUGAUGUCACAGAACUUGAAACUUUUGGAGUAAACACCACCAAACCAUCAAAGUCACCAAGUCCAGCAAGCACUUCCACAGUACCCAAUACAACAGAUACUCUCACAGUUCCCAGCACAGCAACAGCAUCUGUGGUACCAACCACACCAGACAUUUCUGCUCAUUCUAGAAGUUUAUCUCAGAUUCUGAUGGAACAGCUGCAAAAGGAGAAACAGCUGGUGACUGGUAUGGAUGGUGGCCCUGAGGAAUGCAAAAAUAAAGAUGAUCAGGGAUUUGUACCAUGUGGUGAAAAGGCAUCAAAUACUGACAAGCUUUUGGUGCAGGAUAAUGACUUGAAAAUAUCUGAUUCCUUGCAGUUAGAAGGUUCUACAGAAAUUGAAAUCUCUCAUAAAAAUGAUUUGGCUACUGAUACAGUAUAUAGCCCUGAAAAAUUAAAUGUUCUGGAGAACUCAGACAGUUCAAAGGAAAAGCUUGUUACCUCAGAAGCAGUAAGAAGUGAAGAUGUAAUUCUUUGCAAUAGUGAUACAGAUGAAGACUGUUUAAUCAUUGAUACAGAGUGUCAAAAUAAUAGUAAUGGAAAGACAACUGAUAGGAAUUCUAAUUUAAGUUCUAAACCAGCUAGCCCCUAUUCGUCUUCAGCACAGGCUUCUGUUGGAAACCAGACUAAUCCUACUUGUAGUCCUGAAGAGUCAUGUGUUUUAAAAAAACCUAUCAAACGAGUAUAUAAAAAAUUUGAUCCAGUUGGAGAAAUUUUAAAAAUGCAAGAUGAACUCCUAAAGCCAAUUUCCAGAAAAAUACCUGAAUUGCCCUUAAUGAAUUUGGAAAAUUCGAAACAAUCUCCUGCUUCUGAGCAAUCCUCUGCUCCUUCAGAUGCCUCUAGUUGGCCAAAAUCUGUAUGGCCUUCUGCGUUUCAGAAGCCAAAAGGACGAUUGCCAUAUGAACUACAGGACUAUGUUGAAGAUACAUCAGAAUAUGUAGCUCCCCAGGAAGGAAAUUUUGUUUACAAGUUAUUUAGUCUGCAAGACCUGUUGUUACUUGUGCGAUGCAGUGUCCAGAGGAUAGAGACCAGACCACGUUCAAAAAAACGGAAGAAAAUCAGAAGACAAUUUCCAGUUUAUGUACUACCAAAAGUGGAAUAUCAAGCUUGUUACGGAGUUGAAGCUCUGACUGAAAGUGAACUUUGUCGCUUAUGGACUGAGAGUUUAUUGCAUUCCAACUGCUCAUUUUAUGUUGGUCCCAUAAAAACAUUAAGAAAUACUCCUAAAGAAAAUUCCCAAAGUGGAGCACCUUGGGUGGCUCAACUGUUAAGCUGCUGCCUUCAGCUCAGGUCUUGAUCCUAGGGUUCUGGGAUUGAGCCCUGCAUCAGGCUCCCUGCUCAGUGGGAAGCCUGCUUCUCCCGCUGCCUCUGCCUGUUGCUUCCCCUACUUGUGUGCUUGUACGUUCUCUCUCUCUGUCAAAUAAAUAAAGUCUUUAAAAAUAAAAAAGAAAGAAAGAAAAGAAAAUUCCCAAAGGAAUCUUAUCGCGACUUCUUUAUCUGCCUUCUAAUCCUUUAAUAUAUAUCAGUUCUAUAUAGUUGACAUAAGACCAGCCUUGCUUUUGCACAGUUCUGAGUUUUAGUUACUACAGAGUACUAUGACUAAUUUCAUAAAGUACAGACUUCACAGCUGACUCUUCAGUCCACAUAUCACUACAUAAAUAACAGAUGGACAUCAUGACCAGUCAUGUCCCAUUUUCCAAACUCUGUCAGUGGUUACCUGCUAAUGAGUUCAUAAACAAAAAACAAAGUGUAUAUUUGUGUUCCAUUUCUAUCUCCCACUGAUAAACUCGUGUAAUUUUGUAAAAGUGGAUAAUCAAAGAGUUGGCACACAAUGAUUAAAGCACAGCAAAGAAAAAGUGAUAUUGCAGGAAGUAAAAUUCAAAUUGAACAUAAAUGAAGUUAUAGGAAAAACAGCUGACAGUAGAAACAUUGACACUGUUCAUGUUCAAGAGACUCUAGAUAUGCUGCCACAGGAAUUUAGUGAAGGCAAACUUAGGGACAUAAAUGAGGAAAGUGGUUGUUAUGUAAAGGAUGAAAAAGUGAUACCUGCAUAAGAUUUUGCAUGAAAAGAACUCUUAGAGAUAUUUCCUAACAUUUAAAGCCCAAAGGAGGUGCUCCUGGGUGGCUCAGUCGGUUAAACAUCUGCCUUUGGUUCAGGUCAUGAUCUCGGGGUCCUAGGAUCCAGCCCUGCAUCUGAGCUGAGCUCCUCCCACUCUCUCUGCUGCUCCCCCUGCCUGUGCGUGCGCGCGCUCGUUCGCGCGUGCUCUCUUCUCUCUCUGUGUCAAAUAAAUAAAUAAAUAAAUAAAAUUUUUAAAAAAUAAUAAUAAAACACAAAGGAUACAAUGUUGGAAGCUGAUCCCAACUUAGAAAGGAGUUUGACAGCCCAUGGCUUCCUAUCAUAAGUUGUUCCAGAAGGUGACAACCCAUGUUCAAACUGCUCUUGAUAAGUUUUUUUAUAAAGAAAUAUAGUACUUUAAUUUUCAGUGUUUUUAGUUUUUUAUAGUAUAUUAAAUAAAUAUUAGUUUUGCUUUUUUUCACUUCCCUGUACAUUUACAGUUGUUGGAGAAUUCAUAAUGUUUUGACCAAAAAAAAUUUUUUUAAGAUUUUAUUUAUUUAUUUGAUAGAGAGACUGAGAGAGGGAACACAAGCCCUAAGCAGGGGGCUAGAGAGAAAGAAAGAGGUAGAGAGAGGCAGGCUUCCCACCGAGCAGGGAGCCUGAUGUAGGGCUCCAUCCCAGGACACUGAGAUAAUGACCUGAACUGAAGGCAGACGCUUAACAACUGAGCCACCCAGGCACUCCUUGACAAAAAAAUUUUUUCAGAUUUAUUUAUUUAUUUAUUUAUUUUAGAGAAAGAGCAUGGGGUGUGCAGGGUGGCAGAGGAGAGAGAGUCUUAAGCAGACUCCUGAGUGCAGAGGCCAACAGGGACUCUAUCUCACAAUCCCGAGAUUGAGAUCAGGACCUAAGCCGAAACCAAUAGUUGGAGGCUUAACUAAUUGCACCUUUCAGCUGCCCCAACCAAAAAAAUGUUUUUAAGACUUAUUUAUUUAUUUAUUUAUUUGAGAGAGAAAGUAUGCACGCAUGUGCACAAGUCAGAGGAGUAGCAGAGGGAAAGGGAGAGAGAGAAUCUCAAUGAGACUCCCCACAGAGUGCAUAGCCUGAUGUGGGACUUGAUCUCAUGACCUGAGCUGAAAUCAAGAGUCAGACACUUAACUCACUGAGCCACCCAGGUGUCCCUUGACAAAAAAUUUUAAAGGUUAUGGAACAAUUGUAAUUUUUCACAUUGAUCAUUAAAAUCACUUGCAUGGUUUCAGCUUGUAUGAUUAUUUUUAUCAUCCCAUACUGCAUGCAAAGCAAGAACUACCUGUUUAUAUGUAUAUAUGUAUGUAUUAUGAUUGGAUACAUGUAUAUAAAGCCUUUAAUUGUAUUAUAUAAAGACCUUAUUUGUACUCUGUAAAGCAGUUUUUCAACCUGACACACAAAAAAUACUUGGAUAGCACACUGAUAUACAAAAGAGAUUGCUCACGGCUGAAGGGCAGUGGCUGGGAAACUUUCCAUCCCAAGCCUUUCUCAGCUGCCCGAGGGCUGGGGAGAUAAAUAUCUCAACACACAUAUGAGUCAUCUAAGGCCUCCAGGUGAAAAUGCUCCAAUAUUGAGAGAAUUGUUUACUUCUUGAGGAAGUAGGCCUCAUAGAACUUAGCAUGGCACUCUCUAUGUAGUUAUUUUUGGCUGACCAUAUUUGACAUAUACCAUAAUACAUAUUUUUUUAUUGAGAUUUCUUUAAAAAGCUAAGACUUGUUAAUCUCCUCAAAGGCAUAUUUAGUAAAUGUCUAAAUAUGUUUUAUUGUAUUUAAUAUUCCCUUUCUACAGUUAUUAAAGCAUUAAAAUAUGUCUUUGUUAUUAGAAAUGUCACUGUAUAAUGAGUGUUAGAAUUGUAGAGGUGAAAUUAAAACUUGGCAUAGGAAAUAACAAGUAGGCAUAGGAAAAAUAGAUUUGUUGUUUUAAAGAAAAGCAUCUUGUAAAAAUGUUUCUAAUUCUUUUUAUGGGAUAAAAGCCAAUAAAAGGGGGCUUCAUAUGAAAAUGAGAUAUUAUAUGCAUUUUUUGUUGUCCCAGUGAUUAGCAUCAGCUUCACAGGUAAUGUGUUUUGAUAACUAAAUAUUGCAAGUUCAAAAAUAAAAACAAAAAAUGGUAUUAUCUCAGCGUUAGUAAGUGUUAUACUCUUGUCAUACUAAUUGUUAUUUUUAAGUAUGGUUUUUGUAUUAACUUGAUUAUAUAACAUUUAAUGUAGGGCUGUCUUUCAUAUAAUUCUUUCUCAGUAUAUUUCAAGGCCUAAGAGUCCUGUCUUAACCUGUGUUGUAGUAUAUACACAUUAGUUUUUAAAAUGGAUGUGUCUACCUUUGCCACUUUGUUUCUUGGAAUUCUAGAAUUAUGUCAUAUUUGUAAGGAAGUAUGACUUUAAGCACUUUUUAAAAAAAAGAUUUUAUUUAUUUAUUUGACAGAGAUCACAAGUAGGCAGAGAGGCAGGCAGAGAGAGGAAGGGAAGCAGACUCACUGCUGAGCAGAGAGCCAGAUGUGGGGCUCGAUCCCAGAACCCUGGGAUCAUGACCUGAGCUGAAGAUAUAGGCUUUAACCCACUGAGCCACCCAGGUGCCCCAAGCACUUUUUUUUUUAAACCAUGUGGAAUCUUGUGUGCUUUAAUUAAAAGCUGGACUUUCUUUUUGAGCUUUAUUGUGGUAUAAUUAACAGAUCAAAUUGUAAGAUAUUUAAAGUGUACAUCUUGAGGAUUUGAUAGACAUAUAUUGCAAAAUGAUUCCUCCCAUCCAGGUAAUUAAUACCUCAUCGCCACACAUUUAUGUUUUUCCUUUUUUUUUAAUGAGAACAUUUACAUUCUCUCUUGGCAAAUUUCAGUCAUACAAUAUAGUGUUAUCUUCUGUAGUCACCAUAUUAUACAUUAGAAUCUCAGACUCUUAUAUGGCUGAAAGCUUGUACCCUUUUACCACCUCUCUCUAUUCCUUCCUCCCCUAGCCUUUGGGAACCACUUUUCUACUCUAUUUCUAUGAGUUUGACUUUUAUUUUUAGAUUCCACAUGUCAGUGAUACCAUGUAGUAUUUUUUUUCUCUUAUUUCAUUUAGCAUAAUGCCCUUAAGUCUUUCUUGUUAUAAAAAGCAGAAUUUCCUUCUUUCUUUUGGCUGAGUAAUAUUCUAUUGUAUAUAUACACCACAUCUUCUUUAUCCAUUCCUCUGUUGUUAGACACUUAGGUUGUUUCCAUAUCUUGGUUAUUGUAAAUAAUUAAGCUUGAUUUUUAUAAUCUAAUUUUUAUCUUAACCAGGUGUGGGAAUGCCUGGGUAGCUCAGUUGGCUAAGCAGCUGACUCUUGAUUAAGCUCAAGUCAUGAUCUUGGGGUCUUCGGAUUGAGGCCUGUGUCAGGCUCCUCUCUCAGCAGGGAGUCUGCUUCAGGUUUCUUUCCCUCCCCCUGCUCAUGCGCGAGUGCUCUCCCUCCCCCUCUCCCUCUCUCUCUCUCU